AAAGAAAGCGAGAAGAAGAGCUCCAGAUCUAAAGAAAAAGGAAAGAGGGCGAGAGCGAGAUAAGAUAGAAGAAGAUCCCGCGAUCUCAAGAAAAGGAGUAGAGGGCGAGAGAGGCCUUCGCUCGACGUCUGGCUCUAUAAAUACGUGUUCUCGGUUUCGGUUUUUUUCUUCUCGGCCUCGUGGCGUCGUACGAGAUCUUGCCGCCGGCUCUCGAUCUCCUCGUCGGAGGGAUGGCGAUGGCGAGGGGGAGCUCCGGCCCUGCGUACCCCGAGAGGUUCUACGCCGCCGCCGCCUACGCCGGAUUUGGCGGAUCCUCCAACUCCUCCUCCAUUGGUGCGAUCUCCAAGUUCCGGAAUGAUGUUGCUCUCUUGCUCUACGCGCUCUACCAGCAAGCAACAGUAGGGCCUUGCAAUAUUCCAAAACCCAGGGCAUGGAAUCCUGUGGAGAACAGCAAAUGGAUGAGUUGGCAUGGGCUCGGAAACAUGUCUUCAGCAGAGGCAAUGCGUCUUUUUGUGAAAAUUUUGGAGGAGGAGGAUCCUGCUUGGUAUUCAAAGGUCCCUGAAUUUACUGUGGAGCCUAUUGUAGAUGUUGAGAUGCAUAAGCCAAAGGUGGAGCCAGCAACUCAGUCGGCCAUCCCUAAUGGAAAUUCUUUUCCAGAGCCUAAAACUAUUUCGCCAGAAAAUGGAAGUGUGCUGGAGACUCAGGAUAAGGAUGUCGUAAUGGAGGGUCUUGGUUCAAUCAGUAUUUAUGAUCAAUGGAUUGCACCUUCAAUAUCUGGGCAACGCCCAAAGCCCCGCUACGUGCAUGGGGCAGCUGUGGUGCAAGACAAGAUGUAUGUUUUUGGUGGAAAUCACAACGGUCGUUACCUUAAUGACCUUCAGGUUCUAGAUUUGAAAAGUUUGACAUGGUCAAUAAGACCCUUGACUAAUUUUGUGCUCGUUAGAUUGUCCAAUAUGCAAAGUUUAGGGAUAUAUGGGUGAUUAAUUUUAUUUUUUAGGGAUCUGUAUAUAAAUAUGAUACAUCAGUGUUUAUGUACAAAUUCACUUUAAGUAAGACGGGAAGUGGGCCCGGGUCAGUCCGACUUCGGGUCGGGCUAUGGGCUAUGCCCAAGAAAUUGGGAUCAGAUUCAGGUUCAAAAUUAGGGCCCGAAUAUAUUUCGGGCCGGCUCCGGUAGUUGUGUUGGCCUGUUUGAGUCUGCAAAUCGAGCCCGGACAGGCCCGGAUCCGGCCCGAUAUCUGGGCCGAUGUUUGGCCCGGAAAAUUGAGGUAAGUGGUCU